AGUUUCCGAAAUUGAUCGAUUGAUUCCGCCGCGAAUCGGAAUUUUAACAGGAAGACGAUCGCAGCAAAACAAUAAAUCCAGGCGACAAAUGAGUCACAUCUAUCUUUUAUCUGAGCACAUUAAGGAUUUUAACAUGAAUUGAAAAUGAGUUGAUGAUGGCGAGUGUGUAAAAUUAUGUUUAGCUGAUACGACGACCGACAUUCGUCCAAGAAAAUGUCAAAAUUCUUUCGCUUUCUCAGUCGCCGACGUACGGGGAGAGGGGUAAAGUCAGACCACAUAGAUCACGGUGGACACACGGUGAAGAAGAAGAAUGCGGUCCAGUGUACAGUCAUGCUGCUGGAUGGCACCGACUUCACGCUAGAAAUUCACAAGAAAGCGGAGGGCCAUGAGCUGUAUGAACACGUAUUUUAUCACCUGGACCUUGUGGAGAAAGACUAUUUUGGACUUCAGUAUACAGACCAUCACAGCGUCUCGCAAUGGCUUGACCCAACUAAAAAGAUCAAAAAGCAGGUCAAAAUUGGUCCUCCAUACACCUUUCGAUUUCGGGUGAAGUUUUACUCUUCAGAACCUAACAACCUGCAUGAAGAGUUGACCAGGUACCAGUUCUUUCUCCAAGUGAAGAAUGACAUCUACUCAGGACGGUUACCAUGUCCACAAGACGUGCUGAUAGAACUGGCUGCAGAAUCUCUACAAUCUGAGCUGGGAGACUUUGAUCCAGAGGUUCACACGCCGGGCCUCGUGUCAGAGUUCCGCUUUGUCCACGAUCAGACAGAGGAACUAGAACUUGCCAUAUUUGAAGCAUAUAAAACUAAAACGGGCCAGACACCAGCCCAAUCAGAAAUGAACUUUUUAAUGAAGGCCAAGUUUCUAGAGAUGUACGGGGUGGACAUGCAUACUGUCAUGGGUCGAGACGGACAGGAGUACAAGUUAGGACUUACUCCCACGGGAAUCCUGGUGUUUGAGAGUCAACAGAAAAUUGGACUUUUCUUUUGGCCUAAGAUGACAAAGUUGGAUUUCCACGGAAAGAAGCUUAAACUGGUGGUCGUGGAAGACGACGACGAGGGGCGGGAACAAGAACACACGUUCGUCUUCCGCCUGCACAGCGAGAAGGUAGCCAAACACCUGUGGAAGUGUGCGAUAGAGCAUCACGCCUUCUUCAGACUUAAGGGGCCCGUCAAGGGACCAAACGCCAGGCAGAACUUCUUCAGAAUGGGAUCAAGGUUUAGAUACAGUGGGAGGACAGAAUAUCAGACAGCCUCUGUAAGCCGUGCUCGACGGAGUGUGAAGUUCGAGAGGAAAGGAAGCCAGAGAUACUCGAGGCGACCUACUUUUGAGAAACGAGAGCGGGAAGAGGCCAUGAAACGGGAGGCAGAACGAAAGAGGAGAAGAGAGGCGGAAAAAGAAAGGCGGAGGGUUCAGGUGGAGACUAACAAAGUUCCCCCUCAGUCCCCCACUACCCCAGAGGCCACCCCCGUGACUCCACCCCCCAAAUCUCCACAGAUCAACGGAGCAGUGUCCCCCUCUGCUACAGCAGGUGCUAUGGAUCGAUUGGAUGCCCUAAUUAAAACAGAGAAUGAAAAGAAAGCCUCCGCCACAGUGGAUCCACCUCUGUCCCCUAAAGCAGCUGGAUCCUCCAAAGCACGGGCACCACUCCCCCCUCCUCCCCCAGAACCAGAAAUCAGCCUCAGAGAAGCUUCAGAGAUAGCUCAGGCCAGAAUAAAGGGUCUUGACGAGUCGGCGCCAAAACACAAUACGGUACCACCCCGCCCCAAACCCAACGUUAACAGCUUUAAGAACAACCAGGUGAAGUUUGCUGGGGGAGCCGCCACCAUUCCUCCCGACCAGAUGAAGUGUAACAUCUUCAAAGCCAAAAUGGAGGAAGAAUUGAAGAAAGCACCAGUGGUGGAUGAAGUCAAUGUAAAAGAUGAGAGUUUUGUUGAGAGCGACAGCAGGAGUACUGAGAGCAGCAGUGAGGAUGAACAUUCCGAAGAAGAAGGCGAUGAUAUUGACAAAGAGAAAGCGAAGCUUAAAGUUGACAUUCCCCCUAUUGAUAUUGUAGAUGCCCCUCACAGUCCAAGAAGAAGACAAUUUUCUAAGACAAGCUCUUCCUCAAGUUACAAAGGAACUGACAGACCCUCCCUCACCCAUCAGUUGGACAAUGAGGUCUUCGACGUAAACACCGCCCCUCCCAGAGUUCAUUCCCCUACCCAGAGCUCUGAGGGUUCCACCUGUGCCUCACCUGUGGAGACCAAGCCACCCUCCCCCAGCUCACAGCCACAGGAAGAAUUGUCUCACCCCCAGUCGCCUAAAUCUCCCCCCGCCAAUGCUUCUAAAAUCCCACGCUUCAACACCGCUGCACCGCCCAGUCGCAUCCCCCCUCCUAAGGUCAUUCCCAGAACAACUCCCAACCCCGACUCCAUUCCUGAAGCGGAUUCUGUGAUUGUUGAGGAAAGUAGUGGCGAACUACAAGAGAGUUCAUCAAAUUGCAGCACUGCGGAGAGACCCAAACCGGCACCCAGACCCAAAAGCAGAAUCCCAAAUCCCUAUAACUCCACCCGUGAUGAAAAUAAAGUGGCUAGAUCCACCAAUCCGUUUUUGAAGUCACCUGAUAGAGAAAUUGCCCCCUCUCCUAUCAAUCCAUUUGUGAAGCAAAAAUCAAUGGAGUCUGAGACACCUCCUUCCACAAAUUCCACAGCUUCAAGUAAAGUGGAAAAUGUGGAGGAAAAUUCUGAAGCCUCCAAGAAAAACACAAAAAAUAUGGAAUCCCAAGGGAAAGUCACCAACAUGGAGGCCACUAAACCCUCUAACAUUCCGCGCCCAGGCAGCAACAUCCCCACUCCCUCCAGCAGAAAACCCGCAACCCAGUCUGCCUCAGUUCUCCAGGGGGGUGGGUCCAACAUUCCCUCCCCAACCUCUUCCUCUAUCCCUGUCCUAAGAUCCACCUCUGCCCUGCCAGUGUCCACCGGCGGUGGAAGCACCACAGGGUCAGGAAUCCCACUGCCCUCCAAAAAGGACCACCACCACCAACACCAUCAAAAUCCCGUGUCCUCUGUUGAUUCCAAUCCAGCUGCCACAAAAGGGUCAAAAAACAAAUCUUCUUCAACUAGUCUGCCUGUCCCCAAGGCAACCAACAGAACUGCAUCCAACCGGAAUAAGUCGGAUUCUACACAUAACAGGUCUGCAGUGAAUGGAAGUGAUGAACUUUCACCUUGGCAUGUGACUGCUCCCGAAAAGCCUCACAAAGUCGAGAAAAUCAGCAUCAUCACGGAAAUUUAACCUUUUUUAUUGUUGUUGCAAAGUUAUUUAUUGUAGACUAAUUGAGUUGUUCAAAGACAAUAAGAAAAGGUUGUAAUAGAAAUGUCCUGUCAUUUAAGGAAUUUAUUUUUUUCUAUCUCAUCAUUCCAUUGUAUUUUCAGAAUCAUUAGUUCAUAGAUUACUGUAUUACAUGUAUCUUUAUGGCUGAUAAUUUUUUGAGAACAACAACUGAAAGUUGAUCUUUUGAGCGAUCUAUUUCAUAUAAUGGAAUUUUUGUUUUUUCAAUUGAACAAAAUUAGUUUUAACAGUAAAACACAUAUUGAUCAUAAUGUUUUUUUUUAUUUCUCUCAUUUUGUUUUUACCUGUUGUAAAUUUUCUUUUUCAUGUAACACGCUUUUGACUCACUAAGGGCAUUUCAAGCUUUCUUUGCAUAUAGCAUUAUGAAUCGGCUUUACUUUCAUUUGUAUUUGAGCAUUUUUCCUUUUUAUGCUUUACAUAUAUCAUUUUACAUUUUCUAUCAACAAAAAAUAAGAUUUUUAGGAUAUUUUACUCAGAAUCAUGUGUGAAGGGAAAUAGCUCUCUCAUUUGGAGGGGAAAAAUUAAGACAUUGAAGAAAUGUCCCUCUCUCUAUAUAAUCAAGUAUCAAAAAGAAAAGGAAGACGAUUUUCAUAUCAUGAAGAAAAUAUCAUGGAGAUUGUUAAUAUUUUUUUUUGGUAUGUUUUGUCAACCAUCAGGUGUAAUACACAUGUGUUGUCAAUUGUUAGAAGCUGAUGGUAUUUGCAAGUGCUUUAGUGUUUUUUUUUUUUUUGUAUCAAUAUUGUACCCCAUCAUUUUAUGUAAAUAGUUGCAUGUUUCAUUGUUUAGACUUGCAAAUAUUUAUAGUUUAAUUUUAACACAAGUUUUCUGUUGAAAACACUUAUGAGCAAGUUAUUUUAACACAUUGUUUUCUGGCACACCAUUAGCAGAAUUAAUAUUAAACAUUUUUUUAGUUUUGUUAAGCAGGAAUAAGGUUUUUACAACAUUUUUUUGGUGGAAAUUUUAAACUUUUUUUACCAUAUACACAGUUGCACAUUUUGACUGGUUCAUUUUAUUGUAAACAGUGGAAGUUUGCACUUUUGGGUUGUUAAUUUUUAAUAAUUUAAUUUUUUAAAACUUGUUUUUAUUUUACCAUAUCUGGGUUGUGCAUUAACAAAAUUUAUAAUCAUUAUUAUAGUAAAAUAUAGGAUUGUUUUAAGACCUAUAUACUAGAAUUUUUAUUUAAAAGCUUGUUUAAUGACUUUUUUACAUAGAUGUUUUUUUUUAUCCAAACUUUUGAUAAAGAACUACAGAAGUCUAGUAUGCAUUGACUUUGAAGGUUGUGUAAAUGUGAUAGUAAAUAUCUAUUUUAAAAAAUUGUUUCUCUGCAGAUUAAACCUUUCAUAUAUACUUGAACAAAGCUGUUUUAAAACCAUUGUUUGGAAAUCGUUGUCAUUAACAAUUAAAAAAAUUCAAAGCAUUUUAUGUUAAAAAUUAAAAACCAUUCCAAUCAUUAGAGGUACACAUGUUUUAGUUCAGAUCAUUCCAGACAAACAGUUUUGUAUUGUUAUGUUAUUAUUUUACUGUCUUCGGUUUAUUUGGGAAAUGUAUAUUGCCAUAUGUAGGUGUUUUGAUUCUAGUCACGAGAUAUUAGAAAGUCCACCAUUAAUCGGAUAAGAUAUUCGGAGACUAGGAAAAAAAAUCAUGUUGAAGUUACAAGUAAUAUGCUGAUGAAGGGAUCUGAAAAUUGUAUAAAGUUAUAGGGUUGUACAGAAAAGCGGAUAGUAAUUCUACAUAUGAACAAUACUGUAAAUCUUAUUUCACGUGGUCAUAAAUAUAGUAUCACAAUUUCUUUGCAAUCUGUCAGUACAAAAUUUCUUGACAUAAAUGAAUCCCCUUGGGAAAAUAGGACCCCUAACCUAUAUUAAAUGAAAAUACAAUGCAUGCAUUAUUUUAUGAAUUAAAUUGGAUAACACAUCAUUUUUUUUUUCUUAACUGUAGAUAAGGAAUUAAAAUUUUAAUUUGUGCCUAGGUUUUUUUGUUGAAAUUUUGGUGGAAAAAAAAAAUCAUAACAAUAGUGUAAAGAUUAUUCCUUUUCUCUCUCUCUCUCUCUCUCUCUCCAGCAUGGAAUAUAUUAAUCAGAUUUCAUAUUUUUUAAAAAUUUUAACGAAUAUUCUACAUUCUCAAGCUGGUGCCUUUAAGUAUUUACUACUAGGUAACAUAUAUCGAUAAAAUAUUUAUAUCAUAAUAUUUACCUCCUUAUAAGAUCUUUACUAAGUAACCUAAAUCAAUGAAAUAUUUGUACAUCAUAAUUUUUUUUACCUGCUAAUAUGAACCUUCUAGGUAACAUAUAUCAAUGAAAUAUUUGUAUUUCACAAUUUUUAUCUGCUAAUAUGAACUUUCUAGGUAAUAUAUAUAUGAUAAAAUGUUUGUUUAUUAUAAUUUUUAUUUACCAUCUUUUGUGACUAAAGAAUGUGAUUUUUUUUUCUGUAUUGAUUCUUAAACCAACAUGUGCAAUAUAUGUACAAAUAUUUUAACUGUUUAACAAUUAGGAUUUUUGGAAAUAAUUUGAUUUUAGCCAUACAUAAUGUUAUAGACUGAAAUAGAUUUUCAGCAAACUGUGUAUUAAGGUAAUGUUAUAUUCGUUAGACUAAUAUCAGAUUUAUAUGCAUCAAAAAAAUAGUUUAUGAUAAUUAUUUUGAAAAUUAUGAUUUUUUUGAAACAGAAAUAAUUACUAUUUAUUUAACAGUUAUUUGUGAAACAUCCAAUUAUACAGUAUAAUCUCAAGAUAUCAAGACAUUUCCUUCUUGCAUUAAAGCAUUCCAUUAUGCAGCAUUUUUUAAAUAGCCUUUUUAAGCUACAAAUAAAUAUAACAGAUAAAGUGAAAUAUAUUACCAGUGUAAUAAAAUACAAUCAUAAUACUUUAGUGCACAUUUUAAUCUUAGGCCUAUAUUAUAAUAUAACGUGUACUACAUACUUGUACAUAUUGCAGAAAAUCCCAUACUUAUGUGUUAAACAGUUCUAUUAAUCCGUGGACUUAAAAAUUACAGUAUAACUUGAUAACUGAUCUAUGUCAUUAAGAUUGUUAAUAUGUUAUUAAAUAUAUGUGACAGAA